UAGGCUUCUUGUCUGCGCACACAACUAUAAUUAGCACUCUGCAUUUGCGAUAUGGAGAGAGUUUCUUCCUAUUUUCUCGUGCUUGCACUACUCUUACCAAUCCAUUAUUUGAUGGAUUAUAGCUCAGCCAAAAACGAUAUCAACACCGAUCGUUCUUCACUUCUUGCCUUGAAAUCUCAAAUCACUUUAGAUCCUCAAAAUAUAUUGACCCAAAAUUGGAGCACUGAGGCCAGUGUUUGUAGUUGGAUCGGAGUUACUUGUGAUUCACAUUACAAUAGGGUGACUCAGUUGAAUAUAUCGGACAUGGGUCUUGUGGGAACCCUCCCACCAGAAAUUGGGAAUCUUUCUUCUCUCGUUUCUUUAGACGUGAACGAGAACUCCUUUCAUGGCCCCAUUCCCCCAUCUAUCUUCAACCUGUCAUUUCUAGAAGUUUUGGAAGUAAGGAAUAAUAGUUUGUCUAGUAGUUUACCUCUUGAUAUGUGCAAACACAAUCUGCAUAGACUCAGGAGGCUGCGUAUAUCUUACAACGAGAUGUAUGGGGAAAUACCAUCGAGUUUGGAGAAGUGUUCACAGCUUGAGUAUCUUUCUUUGGUGAACAACACUUUCACUGGAUUUGUGCCGACAGAAAUUGGGAACUUGACGAAGCUUCAAGAGUUGUACCUUGGUGUAAAUAAGUUGACUGAUACUAUUCCGAAAGAGAUUGGAAAUCUUCGUAAUUUGCAGGAAUUGUGGUUGCAUUCCAACGAACUUAGCGGAUCAAUCCCAAGAGAAGUGGGGAACAUGACAGCUUUGGUCAGAUUAAGCCUCGGCAAUAAUAGUUUAAGUGGUACUAUUCCGAAAGAGAUUGGAAAUCUUCAUAAUUUGCAGGGAUUGUGGUUGCAUUCCAACGAACUUAGCGGAUCAAUCCCAAGAGAAGUGGGGAACAUGACAGCUCUGGGCAUCUUACUGCUCGACAAUAAUAGAUUAAGUGGUCAAAUACCAUCUACCAUUGGGAAUCUACCAUUGAUUGAACUACAACUCUUUUCCAACAAAUUAAUCGGUGAGCUUCCAUCCUCCAUCUGUAACUUGACAUCCCUUCAAGCUCUUGUUCUCUCAAAUAACACUUUGGAAGGAACAAUUCCACAAUGCUUUGGAAACUUGAGCUCUCUGGUCAUCUUUAAUUUAAAUAAAAAUCAGUUUCGAGGUCUCAUUCCAUCAACAUUUAGCAAGGGGUGUAGUCUUGAAUCCAUCAAUUUGAAUGGUAACAAAUUGCAAGGACCAUUACCUAAAUCCUUGAUCAAUUGCGGAAGUCUACGAGGCCUCGAUGUUGGAAACAAUAGAAUACAAGACGAAUUUCCCUUUUGGAUGGAUGGCCUCCCUUGGCUUCGAGUGUUGGUCUUAAGGUCUAACAAGUUUGAUGGGAACAUGUCACUUCUAUCACAAGCCAAGAUUCCAUUUCCUAAUUUACAAGUUUUAGAUAUAUCUCAUAAUAGAUUUGUGGGUUCUCUGCCUCAAAGAUAUUUCAAGAAUUUCAGAUCAAUGAUAGAGGUAAAUGAAACAAACUUGUCAAAUGACAACGCCUUUCUUCUUUAUGUGGAGAUGAGGCUCACCUUGAAAGGGCUGGAUCAAUUAUUAGAGAGAUUGUUGUCAGCCUUUACAGCAAUUGACUUAUCCUCCAAUAGAUUUUCUGGGAGUAUUCCAAAUUCCAUAGGAAAUCUUAAGAUUCUCAAAUACUUGAAUUUAUCCCACAAUAACCUCAUAGGUAAUAUACCUUCAUCUCUUGGAAAUAUGAGUGAACUUGAAUCCUUGGACUUGUCCGUGAACAAGUUGGAUGGAGAAAUUCCAAAUGAAUUGACAAGGUUGACAUUUCUUUCAACACUAAACCUUUCAAUGAAUAAUCUAGUUGGACAAAUACCACAAUCUACUCAAUUUUCCACAUUUGAGAAUGAUUCAUACGUCGGAAACUUGGGACUGUGUGGAGUUCCGAUGACGAGAAAAUGCAACAAGGAGAAUGGACAUCGGAUGCAGCCAAAAGAAGAUGGCGAAGAUGAUGAGUAUGGAUUUAUAGAUGGAUUUGGAUGGAGAAGUGUGGUGAUGGGAUAUGGAAGUGGAUUCAUAGUUGGGAUUGGAAUUGGUUACAUCAUUAUUAGAAAUGGAAGGCCAAGAUGGUUAGUGGAAUUCUUUUUCGGCAUUGGAUAUAAUAAUAAGAAGAAGAAGAGACGCAGCAGAGCUACACCAACACCAACACGCAGGAGAACUUAAUUGAAGGAUUGUGCUCGAAUUGUGUUUUCUUUUUCUUAUCUCCUUUUUAAUGGCUACUUUAGUGUGUUUGUGCUCGAUUUCAACUUUAGAGUUUAUGAAAUAUUGUUGUUUGUUCG